CUUCGGUUUCCCCUGAAAACCAACCUGCACAGCCCGUGCCUUGGCGCGCGCGAGAGAGUCGCGCGCUCGCCCCCGGCACCACACGGAGCCACGCUGCAGAGGAAGGUCUUCGUGUACCCGGUGCCGCCAUGCGCCUCGGAGGUCCUCACCUCGCUAGGCGAUGGCGCCGUAGGGCUGGAUCAGGAGGCCAACGCCCUGUACCUCCGCAAAGCCGCGGCGCAGCUGGGGCCUUUGCACGCCCAGCUGAUGGCACGGAUCUGGCGCACCGAGGAUCCGGAGGAGGCGGAGCUCUUCUAUAUCCCGGCCUUUUUCUCCCUGCUCUUCUGGCGCGGAGACUACGAGGAUUGACGGACUCAGUCGAUGGUUUGCAGAUGGUCAUACUGUGCAUGGACGAAAUCCUCUUAGGCACCACCUAAGAAACACCUGAAACGAUUUGAUUCCGC